AAUCCCCUCCAUGUGAGGAGGCGGCACGGGUGUGGAGGCGUGUUGUUUUUCAUUCAAAUCCUUACUAGUCCUAUAAAAAGCGGGACUCUGAGCUCGGAAGAAAGAGAGAGAGUGAGAGAGAGAGAAAGAGAGAGAGAGAGAGAGCGCGCGCAAAGAGAGAGAGAGAGAGAGAGAGAGAGAGAGAGCGCGCACGCCGAACUACACGGCUGUAUCUGUACCUGUCCGGAUGGGGAUGGAGAUGCUGCAUGGAUCCGCAGGUGUCCAAACGGUGAAGGCGCUGAAAAACGCCGCCGUGUGCCUGAUGCUGCUGCCGCGCUUCCUGUUCGCGGCCGUGAUGCUGUGGUUCCUGGAUUUCCUGUGCAUCCGGAGGAAGGUGCUCACGAAGAUGCGGGAGAGCGACUUGGGCAGCCCCGACGACCCGCCGCUCUGCGUGUCCGACUCCAACAAGAUGUUCACGCUCGAGUCGCUGCGCGCCGUGUGGUACGGCCAGAAGCUGGACUUCUUCAAGACGGCGCAUCUGGGCGGCGCGGCACCCAACACCGAGGUGGUCCCGCUGGACAGCGCGCAGCGGAGAGGCGCGCAGAGGAUCCUGGACUACGCCCGCGGGAGGAGACCCCUCAUCCUGAACUUCGGGAGCUGCUCCUGACCGCCGUUCAUGACGCGCCUGUCGGCGUUCCAGCGCGUCGUGCGGCAGUACGCGGACAUCGCGGACUCGCUGCUGGUGUACAUCGAGGAAGCGCAUCCGUCGGACGGCUGGGUGAGUUCCGACGCGCCCUACCAGAUCCCCCGGCACCGCUGCCUGGAGGACAGACUCCGCGCCGCGCAGCUCAUGAACCAGGAGGCGCCGGGGAGCGCCGUGGUCGUGGACACCAUGGAGAACUCGUCUAACUCGGCGUACGGCGCGUAUUUCGAGCGCCUCUACAUACUGAAGGACGAGAAGGUCGUGUAUCAAGGCGGCAGGGGUCCGGAAGGCUACCGGAUCUCGGAGCUCAGAGACUGGCUGGAGCGCUACCGGAACGAUCUGGAAGCUUCUAAAGCGGCGACGGUGGUGCACGUUUAAGACGGAUGCACGGAUGGAUGUUGUCCUUCCCUCAGCCCCACUCUCGCGUCCUUAUCGUCAAGUCAUUGGCUGUGUUUCAAAACCUAGCGACCGUCUGCGCUCUCGGCGUUUUCAAAAGUUCCAUCAUCGCUUCUACGGAUCAGUGUUUUGGGUUCCUCGUCAUCGGUGGCGUUUCAGUCUACACUUUCUCAAACAGGGGGUUUUAAGCUACAUUGCGCUCUUUUGAGAAGGUCUUGAUGCAAUGAACAUGCACUGAGCCAGGCUUUUCAACCAGGGGUCCGUGCACUGUACAAGCGCUUUCUCAGGUAGCCUAGACAUGACAAUGACAUUAGGUUACAGCAAUGAAAGCAUUUUAAAGGGUUGCACAUUUCACUUUUUUACAGUGUGGACCCCUGGGGGCCCGUGAAGGUACUCCAGGAGAGAACAUUUUAUACAUUGACAUUUCUAACUAGGGUUCAGGACGGAUGGAUGUUUUUCCAGCCCGGUCUUGUGUUUUUAGAUUGAAGUCAUCAGCUGUGUUCAAAACUCAGUGACUGUCUGUGCACUUCUCACUUUGUGGCACUGUAAGGUUCUUAGAAUAGAUGCUAAAAGGCUCUUUGGAAAUGAAAAAGCAGUUCUUGAUGUUUCUGAUCAAUGUAAACUAGAUCCGAUACAGUUAGGAGAGAAGAAAUGCUGCUUAAACCAUUUGAAAACACUAUUAAUAUUUUUUGAUAAAGGUUGUUUUAAAGUGCUGUCAAGUAAAAUUGAGUUUUCUAUACUGUAUCGGUAAAGGUUUAAAACGUUCAGCUGCUCAUAUCAAACAUGCAUUCUGUGCAUCUCAGGUGCACUUGAUCCCCACUAGAUGCGCAGCUCGCUAGGUUUUGAACACAGCCGUCUAAUCAGUGUCUUCAGCUGCUGCUACAGUCAACCGCAAUACUGCAAACGUCGGGUUUUAGUUUCAUGCAUACAGUUAUCUAGACAGAUGUUUAUGUUGUCAGUGACCAUGCGACCGCAUGAUAGCUGUUGUGCUUCGUCUCUGUUCUUUAGGCAUACUUGUUUUAUGUCAAUCCAACCUGGCAUUUUAUUAGAGAUAUUGCAAAAACGGUAUAUCUAUCUAUCUGAAACAUAUCCUAUUUUAUUUUUGUAUGGUAUAUUUCCCUUGUGAGUGCAUGUGUGCGGCCAGGAGGCCGUUUCAUUGUACUCUGGAGUUAUUGUGAAGAUCGGUUUUUAAAAGGAUUUUAACCAGAAAACCGAUACUGAUGUAAUUUGACACUAGAGUACAGGACAGAGAAAUGGCCUCCAGACGUAUUGCUAAAUGUUGUUUUGUAAAUGGUGUAUAUUUUAUUGAACACUUUUUUUUAAAUAAAUGGUAGAGCACCCUCUAAA